AUGUGGUGGCCUGAAAAAAAAACAAAUUGGUAUUCUAAGCCGCCAGUGGUAAACUUGGAUUCUUACAUUCUGAAACUCUCCGUUCCUCAUAUUAUCGAUAUUGAGGGUCUCAAAACUUCCGGCAUUCUCAAUUCUACAGUAAUCCACUACCAGGCAGCCGUCCUUCUCGAAAGUGUUGGCAUGAUGGAAGGUGAAGAAUGGAUUCAUUUUCAGCGUCAAUGGAACUUGCUCUCCCGUUUUCUUAUUCAGUAUGAAGACGUCUACCUCCUUAUCCUCUUGCCAUACCAAACAGUCACGGUAGGUUGCGUUGAUGAAGUUGCGGAGGAUGAACUUUUGGAUAUUGACACGAACUGGCGACUCGAACAUGACUAG